AUGGCCUCUGAUCAGCCAUUCCAGCCAUCUCUGGGCGACGUCUUGGUCGUGCGCUCGAUGCUCGCUCAGGCGGUGAUUCUCCCCGAGCUCGUAGGCACCAUCCUCGACUAUGCCGAGUAUUGGGUUCGGUCUUGCUCCAAAGCCCAGUUGGACGAAAGCAUUCACGCAAUUUGGUCUAGUGAUGGUUACUAUCAAGGAUCGAAGUUUCUGCUACGAUCAUUCCCCGUGGGGCUGACCGAGAAUGCCAUUCACAGAGAAGAAGAUGAGGAUGAAUACAUGUAUGAAGACGACAACUCCAGCGAAAGUGGUAGUAGCAACUCCAACGAUAGUGGCGGUAGCAACUUCAGUGACGGUGACAGUAGCAACUUCAGUGACAGUGGCAGCAGCAGCAGCUCCAAUGGGCGGUCCUACGAGACAGCGACUAUUCCUCCUAUUCCCAUCGGUAAAGCAUGCGAUCGCGAAUACUUUCAAAGUCUCAUCAGGAAUCCGCCCACACAGCCUCACCCCGUGCGAAAGAUUGUCUUCCGCAUCGUCAGCCACGACCAAGGAUGGACCUCAGACGAUCAAAGCCCGGGCCCCUUUAUCGUCGCAAGAACGUGGUUCGACGCUGGAAUAGAAAGAUUCGACGCCAGCCACAGCUGUGAAGAAUGCGAAGACAUGAGAAAGCUCCCCCUUUGCAAGCUGCGAACAAUCGAGCCCGAAAUCGUGACAGUAACGUCGGACGACGGACAAUCGGACAAUCAAUACGCAAAAACGCCCUACCAGGGCCCAAGGGAAAUCCAGCGCAAUAAAAUGGCCGAUGGGAACUUCCAGACCUAUGUCACGACCUGGACCUGCUGGGACGUCUAUGCGCCGGAUUCAGAAGAAGCGCGCAGGAAGAUGGAGGAGGGUAAGGGGCGAAUGAACGGCGACGGCUCGUUCGUGAGGAGCCUUGGGCUGGGAGACGUGGUAACGGUGUGGGGGAGGGCGCUGUAUGCCGGGUGGGUGAAUGUGGUUGAGUCUGUUGAGAUUGAGAUCUAUUGGGCCCUGUAG